ACGUUAAUUUUAGAUCCACUCAUCUUCUCCGAUUUCCCCGGCCUGUAACCCGGCAGCCGCACCAAAAAACCCCAGGCCGCCAGGCGCCGCCCCGACCCACCGCGCCACCAUGCCCGCCGCCGCGGCGCUCCGGCCGACCGAACCGCUCCCACUUCCGAGCGGGCUCUCCCUAACACCGCGCCUCAAGCUUAUCCUCACCUUCUUCCGUGCUGACCUCACCGUCCGCCCCCUCGACGAGUGGCAGCUCAAGUCUGCCCUCCUCACCUUCCUCCGCGACCCGCCCCUCUCGCUCCCGCUCCUCCCCGACUCCGACCUCUCCGUGCGCCGCCUUCCCAACCUCCAGAAGCGCCGCCGCGAGGAGCCCGUCGCCUCCGGGGCCCUCCAUGUCCGCGACCUAUCCUUACUACGCCCCCGCAAAGGCGACAGCGAGGCCGAGGAGAUGACCCCGGAACAGGAGGAGGAGAAAUACUUCGAGUGGCGGAGCUCCCUGGUCGAGAAGCUGGAAGGCAUUGAGCUCAAUCUCGAGGGAGUCAAGUUCCGGAUGACCAUCGAGAUCCCGCCGUCGGAAGACUUCAGGACGAUGAAGAAAUCGUGGGAGGAUUUCUACUCCUCCGAGCUACUCAAUAGCAGGAAUCCGGUGAGGAAGAUAGCGAGAAGGCCUGACACUAUUAUUGUCCGUGGAGUGCCGUCCAGGUGGUUUGCAGAGACAAGAGUAUCAUCCAAGCCAUCCACGCUGGUCACACACACUAUUUUCUCAGCUCUCGGUAAAAUAAGGACUCUAAAUAUUGCCAAUGAUGAUGAGUUAGAAGCCAAAGAAGAUGGAGCCAAUAAGGAGCUCAUAUCUGGACUCAAUUGCAAAGUUUGGGUGCAAUUUGAGAGCUAUGAUGACUUCCAUGAUGCAAUGAAGGCGUUAUGUGGACGCUCUUUAGAGAAGGAAGGAUCGCGGCUAAGGGUAGACUAUGAUGUGACCUGGGACCGCGAAGGUUUCUUUCGUAUUGCUCAGUAUGAACCUGCUCGUAGCAAUGUAGGUGAGAAGGAUGCAUCAGCGUCGGUUCAUGGCCGGAAGAAACAUUACACUUCACGAAUUGAGUCAGAUCAUAGGAAGAGAUUUAGGGAUUGAUGACACAAGGCAUGGUAUGGGAAGACAUUGCUAUGUUAUGAGAGGGAAAACGGCUGAUUUGUAUCAUUGUAUUGCUCCAUUCUCAGAUUUCAACUUUUUUUCCACCUUUCAUUGUCAAUUAACUAACAGAAAAUCAUUCUGAUAGUUACUGAUUUGUAGUUAUAACUAUCAGUAUUGUCCUGGUUGAUGCCCAGACGGCAGAUAUCACGACAAAACGAAAUUGUUUUUUCGUGUCUAAGAAUCCACAGCACAUUGAGCAUCGGCGGACGGCGGUUCCGCCCAUGCUCAUUUAUCAGUCACAA